GGUGGAGCUUCUAUAAGAGAUUUUUUCUAUAAGAGAGUUUUUACUCCGUUAUCCACACACACUCCCGGUUAAAGCGUUUUAUCCGAUCGGCCAAGUCAUGUAUACCCCACUGCAAGGAAUGCAGCCCCCCGCAACGUGUGGAAUGCAGCAGCCCCCCGUAAUGUACGGAAUGCAGCAACCUCCCGUAAUGCAUGGAACGCAUCAGCCCAUGUUAUAUGGAGCGCAGGUCCCACCGAACCCUGUGCCUGGAUACGAGGGAAUUGGCGGUGGGUUUCUUCCUCCUCCACCUGUCCAACCAAUGCCAACUCCUGAUUCACAGCCAGCACAGGAAUGGAGUGUUCCUGCUCUUACCAACGAAGAAGCCAAAGAAGCUUUUUAUAACUUUGCAUCCAGCAACUGCUGUUAUUCAACUGGUCCAGCUAAAGAUGGAGUGAUCACCAAUAUGGAACAGUUCAACACCUACCGAUAUCGUCUGGAGACUUUCACGGAAUCCAGAAAAACAGAGUGGGCCUCCAAGCCUUAUGAGGGUCAGACGUUGACCGCCUUCACACAGAUUGCUCCUAAUCCAUGGGAAGUUCCGGUUCAACCCCCAACCAUGUUUACAAAUACUACUAAGGAUGUUGAAGUGCCCAACACAGCCUCAGUCAAGCCAUGUGACACAUGCUCUGCCUCAGGACAAUGUCAAUGUACCAGGUGUCAUGGAUCCAUAAAUGUACAGUGCAGUAUGUGCAAAGGUGAUGGGAAAGCUGCUGAAGAACAAGUCUGUACAAAAUGCAAUGGCACAGGCAAAAUGUCGUGCCCUGAUUGUUCAGGUCGGGGAACCAUUGUAUGUGCCACCUGCAAAGGGAAACAGAAGCUGUUAAUGUAUAUCAAGCUUAUUGUGGAAUGGAAAAACAACGUUGACGAUUAUAUAGCGGAGCAGUCAAGUGGUCUGGAGAAAAAAUAUUUUGAUUCAGUCACUGGGAAGAAGCUCCUCAAAGACACCAAAUUCAUGGUGUAUCCCAUGAAUGGAUUUCCAGAACAUAAUUUGGCUCAAGCAUCUGAAAGAUUGGUCAGGGACCAUCACAGCAAAUUUUCCCAGACAUCACGCAUCUUACAGCAGCAACAAAGUGUUGAGCUGAUUCCCAUCACUAAGGUGAUGUACCGGUGGCAGGCAAAGGACUACGUUUACUUUGUUUAUGGUGUUGAGUUAAAGGUCAAAGCAAUUGACUAUCCAGCUACAUGCUGCUGCACUAUAAUUUAAAAAUGUAGGAAAAGCAUGAACUUCCUGGAUGCGUUGCAUUCUUGGGUAUUAUUAUAAUUUUAUAUUAUUAGCAUUUCAGUGGAAGGCUGAGUCAAAAUGUGUUUGGACACGUUUUGUGUCUAAGUUUACUUCUUAGGUUUUGCACUGGAGCUACAAGGCUAUAUCUUUAUUGAAUCAAAUAUCUGAUGAUUUUGGCAUGCAUUAACAUUUAUUAAUAUUAUGGAUGAAAGAGAUUUCUAUUAGUAUAUUAUCCCUGCAGCUCCAGCACAACCUUUUUUGAAAUUCAGAUGCCAAACAUGUCUUGGCUGACCAACGGCCUUUAGGUAGAAGUAAUCUAUGUAUAUUCUGUGAUUUAUCAUAACACUGCUACAUAAUCUAAAAUGAUAAUGAGAAAUUUCAUGAUAUUAAUGUAAGGGGCCAAAUGAUUGACAAAAAUGCACGCGUUGGUUCAGUGGAUAAGGUUGAAUGUGUUCAAUUGUAAGUUCAAAUGUUACCAUUGAGUCACAGAUGGGCAUUCGGAUAGUGUGAAGUUAUUAACACUUUACUGCCCAAUGUAUUGUUUGGAAUGGACUCUUUAUGGUUUCUUUUGAUACAGGUGCCUGCUCUUUGUCUAAUGAAUGUGUCAUCCUCCAUAAGUAGCCAUAGUGGAAUGACCUUAACUUUAAGGUAUUGGUAACAGAGAACUAUUUAGUGAACUAAUACAUUUCUACUCUAUAUCAGUAUGUAAUCCAAUAUAAUUAUCUAUUAUUAAUGAACUCAGCAUUUGGCCUUUUUAAUGCUUUCAUAUGAUAUUGAUUCAUGGCUUAAACUGCAGCUGAUUUUUCUCCUGAAAAAGAAAGUAGUAGGCAUUAGUAGACGAUUGUUAUUAAGCUUUUCAUUAAGUGGGUUUGAAAAUCAUCUACCAGAAAUCAGGUUUUCCAAAAUUCUCAGUUUACAAAGGUCAAAUAUCAAUACCUCAUGGCUAGCUGGUUGUACAACUAGUAGAUCUGUCUAUUAUUUACUACUAUGCUAUAUUUCUUUUUAAAAUAAAUAAUAUGUAAGCAGUCUAAGAGUUUUUAAAUUAAGUGGUUUGCUUCGGGUUGUAUGGUUUUUUAAUGUUAAAUCAUCAUCUGAACAUGUAUGUAUGUGCUGCAUGUGUCAUACGGAUCAAACCACUUUCUCUUUAUACAUGAUUUAUAUAUAAAACUGUGGAAACAUAAUCAAGUAACCACUUAUCACUAGGAAAAUGAAAAAAUGAAUAUUGCCAAUAAAUAUGACCUGUCAAAGAUGA